AUGAAGCCUGGGGCCUUUCGAGCUGUCCGCGGGGCCGCCAAUGGCUUCCAGAAACGCCUCUACUCUUCGCAGACGUCGAGCCCCAGGCAUUUGAUGUCCAUCAGUGACCUGACGUCCGGUGAAUUCUCCGCCUUGGUCCGCAAUGCCGCGUUGCGGAAACAGGCUGUCAAGGCUGCCCAGGCGCCGACAUCGCUCACCACGGCGCUUACCGGUCAAACGGUUGCCAUGAUGUUCAGCAAGCGCAGCACCCGUACCCGAGUAUCGACCGAGGCCGCCGUGACAAUGUUGGGGGGCCAUCCCAUGUUUCUCGGCAAAGAUGACAUCCAGCUCGGUGUUAACGAGUCGCUCUACGACACCUCCGUUGUCAUCUCAUCAAUGACCUCGUGCAUGGUUGCUCGAGUCGGCCCACACUCGGACGUGGCUAACCUGGCCAAGCACUCCAGCGUACCCGUCAUAAACGCCCUCUCGGAUGAUUUCCAUCCCCUCCAGACCAUUGCCGACUUUCUCACGAUUUCCGAGGCAUUCCCAUCGUCCGGGACCGGACUGGGCCUUAAUGGCCUUAAGGUUGCCUGGAUCGGAGAUUCCAACAAUGUUCUUUUUGACCUGGCAACGGGCUGUGUGAAGAUGGGUGUCGACAUUGCUGUUGCAUCUCCCAAGGGCUACGGCAUCCCCGACUCGAUGAGGCAGCUCAUCACAUCAGCUGCCCAAGGCGUGGACUCACCCGGCAAACUGUCGGAAACGACAGUACCGGAAGAGGCCAUUCAGGGCGCUGAUGUUCUGGUCACGGACACGUGGAUCUCCAUGGGCCAGGAGAGCGAGAAGAAGAAACGUCUAGAUGCAUUCUCUGGCUACCAAAUCACAAGCGAGCUGGCCAAGCGUGGCGGUGCCAAGGAUGGAUGGAAGUUCAUGCACUGCUUACCCAGGCACGCGGAAGAGGUUGCCGACGAAGUCUUCUACAGCCCUAGGUCUCUUGUCUUCCCCGAGGCGGAGAACCGACUCUGGGCCGCCAUGACAGCUGCUCUCGAGGGGCUGGUCGUAAACAAGGGCCGGAUUCAGUAG